UCGAGUCCUUGGUUUGCUGACUGAAUCUUACCACUUAGUAUCAACUGCAGUCACCAGAUUUAUACAGAGAGACCAUCAAAUUCAGGCGGAAAACACACCAAGAGGCGAGUCAGCUCUUUAUCUAACUAGAGCUGAGUAGAAGUGAGCGCUAAGCGCUAAGACUCGAGCUGGAUUUCAGCGCUUAAUAUGUCAAGGCUCGGAGAUCACGUGGGGUAGCGAACGAACGUGGGGUCGUGUUCGCGAAGUUGAGUGAUCGCGUAUGUCCCAUUUUAACUUAUGGCAGAACCUUCCAGCUCCUUGCAAGUCACAGGACCUAGUCAAAGCGACGCUCAAAGUUUCAAGUCAUCAGAAGCGGAGGUCUGGUAUUUAAAAGAGAUAAUAUUUGGCGAGGGCGAGAACCGCCAGCGGCGCAGGAUCAUCACCCAGAACUUCAACGGUCCAUGCUCAUUCAUAGCUAUAUGUAACAUCCUUAUCCUGAGGGGAGACAUUGAAAUUGAACCAUAUGACCGCCCCACCGUGUCUUACGAGCAUCUCUCUCAGCUAGUGGGAGAGUAUCUCCUCACGAACUGCCCAGACAUCGACAUUUCGGCCGCGCUCUCUGCCAUGCCUACCACCACAAAGGGAAUGGACCUUAAUCCACUCUUCACAGCUCCCACAGCUUUUCGACCUGCAGGUGAAAGCGGCGAGCUCAUGUUGUUUGAGAGGGCAGGCAUCAAGCUUGUCCACGGCUGGCUCGUAGACCCUCAUAGUCGUGAAGCCGAGGCUGUCUUCCGCGUCCAAGACUAUGAUACUGCUGUCACCUUGAUAGCUGAUGCCGAUCAUAUAACCCAUGGGAAGCUGUUAGCGGGCGACUCAUUCGACAUGGACGCUAAUCAAGCGGGACCAAGCAAUGCUGCCGGGAGCUCAAGCCAAGCCGGCCCGAGUAACGCAGGCACCAGUUCUCGCGGCGACAUUUACUAUCAUUCGGGAAGUUACUCUGACGAGCAGCAAUUGAAGAUUGGGGACGCUAUCGUGCUCCAAACCUUCCUUGAAAGCACGAAGUCGCAACUCACGUACCAUGGACUUUUUGAGCUAAUUUCACUUGUAGCCCCCGGUCAGCUCGUUGCCCUUUUCAGGAACUCGCAUCUGUCUGUACUAUACAAGCCGAAGCCGGGAGUCGAUACCGCUGAGGAUGACCACUCAAUAUAUUCAUUGGUGACAGAUUAUGUCUUUCUCAAUGAACCUUCUGUCGUUUGGGAACGUUUCGAAGAUGUUGAUGGUGGCUCUUCGGCUUUCGUCGAUUUCGACUUCAAGAAUAGCCAGCCAUUGGGCGGAGAUUUCGCAGGCCAAACCGCGGAAGGUGCCUUGCGCCAAUGGGAACUUGAGACGGGGCAGUUUGCUGCUGUUGACCCAGCUGAUCGUGCCCUUGCGCAGCAGCUACAGGCUGAAGAAGAUGCUGCCGCCCAGCAAGCAGCUGAACAGCGUCAGCUUCAGGCUGUCUUGCGUCGGGAUCGCGAAGAAGCCGACAAGAAGCGUAAAGCCGACCAGGAAGCCAAGAAGGCAAAGAAAGCGAAGGACAAAUGCAUCAUCAUGUAGACGUGCUAUUGUUUGCGUAUCAUGGAUCCCUAUACCAUUUAUUGAAUCGGGACCGCUGAUAAAGGUCUCGUUAGCACUGGACUGUCAUGUAAUUACGGGAUAGGAGUGCGUAGUUGAUAUAUUAUGCAUAUAGCAGAUUC